AUGCCGGACUCCUUCGCCAUCCACUUCCUCAAGGUGCUGCGGGAGCUGCUGGCCUUUGUGCUGUUCAGCUACACGGUGCUGCUGGGGGCGCUGCUGCUGGCCGGCUGGACCACCUAUUUCCUGGUGCUCAAGUGA